GCGCGGGGCUCCGGGGGCUCGGGGGCGUUGCUGUGGAGACCGCCGGUGAGGCCGCCUCUCCGGGGAGCCGCCGCUCGCCUGAGGGAGCCGGUCCGGGAGCAGCGCCGGCAUCCCGGGGGCGGCCCUGCGAGUUGAGACUCACAAAAGCUGUGGGAACAAGAGCUGAUAUUUGAAGUUUUCCUUAAGUUUUGAACUACUAAGAUAAAAGAAGAUAAGAUUUGAAGGCAAAAGGCUUUACGGAGUUGCAGUUUUGCUGGUAGUCUAACCACGGAAGUAAACUCUUGACUGUAGUCUCUAUCCUGUUGACGUCCUCUGCCAUCUUGAGCAAGAUUAUGUGGAUUCAGCAAAAGACUUGAGCAUAUUUCUGAAUAUAGGUGCAUUUACCUGUUUGUGUUAGGCCCUUCCUCCUAAUCCUGGAGAAAGACAGUGUGAAUAGCUGUGAACAUGAUUCGAAUCGCAGCACUGAAUGCAAGUUCCACAAUUGAGGAUGACUACGAAGGUACCUUCAAAAGUCAUAAGACACAGACAAAGGAAGCACAAGAAGCAGAAGCUUUUGCUUUGUACCACAAAGCCUUGGACCUUCAGAAACAUGACCGAUUUGAAGAGUCUGCUAAAGCUUAUCAUGAGCUGCUUGAGAUUCGUCUUCUGCGAGAGGCAGUUCUUUCUGGUGAUGAGAAAGAAGGGCUGAAACAUCCAGGCUUGAUGUUAAAAUAUUCCACCUAUAAAAAUCUAGCACAACUGGCAGCACAAAGGGAUGACUUAGAGACAGCCAUGGAGUUUUAUUUGGAGGCUGUAAUGCUAGACUCUACUGAUGUCAACCUAUGGUAUAAAAUUGGUCGCGUGGCAAUAAAACUAAUCCGCCUACCUUUGGCUCGUCAUGCUUUUGAAGAAGGUCUCAGGUGUAAUCCUGAUCACUGGCCUUGUUUAGAUAACCUUAUCACAAUCUUGUACACACUCAGUGACUACACAACAUGUUUGUAUUUUAUCUGCAAAGCUCUGGAAAAAGACUGUCUAUAUAGCAAAGGAUUGGUUCUGAAGGAGAAGAUCUUUGAGGAGCAGCCUUGCCUCCGGAAAGAUUCUUUAAGGAUGUUCCUCAAAUGUGACAUGUCUAUCCAUAAUGUAAACGUGAGUGCAGCUGAAUCAGGAAGAAUCAUAGAUGAAGCACUGGAGCUACGUAAGAAAAGACAAGCUCUGCUAGUGCGUGACAGAGAACCAGACCUCAGACUGGUCCAGCCAAUUCCCUUUUUCACGUGGAAGUGUUUAGGAGAAGCUUUACUUGCCAUGUAUCACCACCUCACAACAUGUGAUCCUCCUCGACCCAGUCUGGGAAAGAGAAUUGAUCUCUCAGAAUACCGAGACCCAGUUCAACAUUUGACUCUUUCUCCUACGUCCGCUCCUGUCAGUGUUAUUCAGCCAAUUCCUGUCAGCACUAAUCCAGUGGUGCCAGUGCCGGAACCUGUAUUACCUUAUACUCCAACAACACCCAACUUUCCAAGUCACAGUCAGAAUUCAUUGGAACCAGGAGCUACUGUAGGUGAGCAAGGUGACAUAUCUGCAGGUGAUAAAUCUAAGAAAGGUGUGAAACGAAGGAGAAUUACAGAAGACAGUGGUGAAACAGCAAAAAGGAGAUCUGCUAGAGUCCGGAACACCAAGUGUAAGAAAGAGGAGAAGGUUGACUUUCAAGAACUGUUGGUGAAAUUCCUUCCUUCCAGAUUAAGGAAAUUAGACCCAGAGGAGGAGGAGGACCCUUUCAAUAACUAUGAGGUUCAGUCAGAGAUCAAAGAGGAGAAUUUCCAGCACGUUGGACCACAUAGAAUGUCAUUUGAUUCUACAACAUUUAUGGAAUCUGAAAAACAGGACGUUCAUGAAUUCCUGCUGGAUAACCUGAACAAUGGUGGGAUCUUGGAGCUGAUGAUGAGAUACCUAAAAGUCAUCAGCCAAAAGUUCCUAGUGAAGUGGCCUCCUGGCUUGUGUGAGGUGGUCCUUAGUAUCUAUAAUAGCUGGAGAAAGCAUAGUAGCAGUCUUCCCAAUCCAUUACUGAGGGACUCAAGUAAUCAGCAUAUCAAGGAUAUGAUGUUGAUGAGCCUUUCUUGCAUGGAACUCCAGUUAGAUCAGUGGCUACUGACGAAAGGGAAGAGCUCUACAGUUUCUCCACGAAAUUGCCCUGCUGUCUCUGUGAAUGGAAAAUUUGGUCCUGACUUCCCAGGAACUCAUUUCUUGGGAGACCUGUUGCAGCUGUCGUUUGCAUCCUCGCAGCGAGAUUUAUUUGAGGAAGGCUGGAUGGAGUUUGUCACUCGGGUGUAUUGGCUGAAAGCUCGCUUUCUAGCACUGCAGGGAGACAUGGAACAGGCACUCGAAAACUAUGAUAUCUGCACUGAAAUGCUCCAAAGCUCCACUACAAUGCAAGCUAAAGCUGGCAAUGAAUGCAGCAUUGUAAUACGGUUACCUAAUCUACAUGUGGAUUCUGUUGUCUCUUUAGAAGAGAUUGAAAAGAACCUAAAAUCUCUGGAGAGAUGCCAGUCUUUGGAAGAGAUCCAACGAUUGUAUGAGGCAGGAGAUUAUAAUGCAGUGGUGCAUCUGCUUCGUCCAACAUUAAGCUUUAAUGGUUAUGGCAGAGCAAAACAUCUGGAAUUUGUAACAUCCAUACCAGAGAGACCAGCUCAGCUGCUUCUCCUACAGGACUCCCUGCUCAAACUGAAAGAUUACAAGCAAUGCUUUGAACGCUCAGAAGUUGCCUUGAAUGAAGCAAUUCAACAGAUGAUUAAUAUGACAGCAGCCUCUGCUAAAGAAGAGUGGGUUGCUACGGUAACACAACUGCUCACAGGAAUAGAUACUUCAUUAUCAUCAGUCAACAGCAUCCUGAAAGACUCUUCUGUAACACCAAGCCUCGUUCGAUUAACAAACAACCUGAUUCAGAUCAUAGACUGCAGCAUGGCAGUCCAGGAAGAACCAAAAGAACCGUACGUCUCCUCAGUUCUGCCAUGGAUUAUCCUGCACAGGAUCAUCCAGCAUGAGGAAGAGGCCUUUCGAUCCCUUUGCUGCCAGCAGCAGCAGCAGAACCAGGGAGAAGAAGUAAGUCCUGAUACCCCUAUGUUGCCUUCUUCACUCAUGCUGCUCAACACUGCGCAUGAGUAUUUGGGAAGAAGAUCCUGGUGUUGCAAUUCAGAUGGCGCUCUUCUCAAGUUCUAUGUUCAGGUACUACAGAAAGAACUUGCAGCAUCUACUUCUGAAGAUACUCAUCCAUACAAAGAAGAGCUGGAAACAGCCUUGGAACAGUGCUUUUAUUGUUUAUAUGGUUUCCCUAGCAAAAAAAGCAAAGCAAGAUACCUAGAAGAACAUUCAGUACAGCAGGUUGAUCUAACAUGGGAAGAUGCUUUGUUUAUGUUUGAAUAUUUUAAGCCUAAAACUCUUCCAGAAUUUGAUAGUUACAAAACCAGUACUGUGUCUGCUGAUUUGGCCAACCUUUUGAAGAAGACUGCUACAAUUGUUCCUCGAACAGACAAGCCUAUGCUGAGCCUAGAUACUGUGUCUGCCUAUAUUGAAGGAACAUGCAGCAAGGCACCAUCUCUCCCAGAUGGUGCAGACUAUUCUCCACCAGUGGUGACUGAGUUGUACUAUCUUCUGGCAGACUAUCACUUCAAGAACAAGGAACAGUCUAAGGCCAUUAAAUUUUACAUGCACGACAUUUGUAUUUGUCCAAACAGGUUUGACUCGUGGGCUGGCAUGGCUCUGGCUCGGGCAAGUCGUAUUCAGGAUAAGUUGAACUCUAAUGAAUUGAAAAGUGAUGGCCCAAUUUGGAAGCACUCUACUCCUGUCUUGAAUUGCUUCAAGCGAGCCCUAGAGAUUGACAGCUCUAACCUCUCCUUGUGGAUAGAAUAUGGCACUAUUUCCUAUGCCCUGCAUUCUUUUGCGUCCCGACAGCUUAAGCAAUGGAAAUCAGAACUCCCCCCUGAAGUUGUGCAGCAGAUGGAAGAGCGUCGAGACAGUAUGUUGGAGACAGCCAAGUUGUGUUUUACGUCAGCAUCUCGCUGUGAGGGAGAUGGCGAUGAAGAGGAGUGGCUUAUUCACUACAUGCUGGGAAAGAUUGCAGAGAAGCAGAAACAGCCUCCUGUUGUCUAUCUGCUUCAUUACAAACAGGCAGGUCAUUACUUGCAUGAGGAGGCUGCCCGAUAUCCAAAGAAGAUUCACUACCAUAAUCCACCAGAACUUGCCAUGGAAGCGUUGGAGGUAUACUUUCGACUUCAUGCUUCUAUUUUAAAACUUGUGGGGAAACCAGACUCUGGAGUAGAUGCAGAGAUACUAGUUAGUUUCAUGAAAGAAGCUUCUGAGGGACCAUUUGCCAGGGGUGAGGAGAAGAACACCCCAAAAGUUGCAGAAAAGGAAAAAGCUUGCAUCAUUGAUGAAGACUCUCACUCUUCAGCCGGAACAGUGCCAGGCCCUGGGACUUCCCUCCCCUCAUCCUCCGGUCCAGGUCUGACAUCCCCACCUUACACAGCCACUCCAGUUGACCACGAUUACGUCAAAUGUAAAAAACCCCGUCAGCAGGCAACGCCGGACGAGAGGAGUCAGGAUAGCACUGCAGCGGUGCUGUCUGACUCCAGUUCCACACAGGAUAUGUUUAAUGAGCCUGCCAGUUCUCAAGACAGCCUGAGGAAGACUUACACAGAGAAGAGGAUUUCUGCUACCUGUGCUGAUACACUGAUGCCCAGCAAGGAGACCCUGGGAUCUACAGAGGAAAAGAUUGCAGGAAAAUCAGAAGAGCUGCUGGAGAGCUCAGAAUCUUACCAUCCUGCUGAGCCUCCUGGCCAGAAAAUUCUGUUGGAUCCUCAGUCUGCUUCUGGCAAUCCCAUCAAAGCUGCAAUCCCCCCCCCCUCACAGUGGGACUGUAAAAAGAAGGCUGACGCUUGUGGAGAUGCAUCUGAAUUUCCUCAUGGUCUUCCAGCAGACCUUGAGGAACAGCGGAAGUUCCUGACAGAGCAGUGUAUCACCUCCUUCUGUUUGUGUCUCAGCCGCUUCCCCCAGCACUACAAGAGCCUCUACAGAUUGGCAUAUCUGUACACAUACAGCAAAACACACAAGAACCUGCAGUGGGCCCGCGACGUGCUGCUGGGCAGUGGGGUCCCCUGGCAGCAGCUGAAGCACAUGCCUGCUCAGGGCCUCUUCUGCGAGAGGAACAAGACGAAUUUCUUCAAUGGAAUCUGGCGCAUCCCCGUGGAUGAGAUCGACCGCCCGGGCAGUUUUGCAUCUCAUAUGAACCGCUCUAUUGUCUUACUGCUAAAUGUGUUGUCACAACUAAAGGAUUACAACACCUUGCUCAAAGUCUCGUCUAUGCUACAGAGGACCCCUGAUCAGGGAAAGAAGUACUUGCGUGAUGCAGAUCGCCAAGUUCUGGCCCAACAAGCAUUUGUGCUUACAGUGAAAGUGUUGGAGGACACUCUCAACGAUCUGACGCAGGUUUCAGAAGAUCAGAGUUCCAAGUCUUCUAACCUUGCUUCAGGAAGGAUGACAACAGACGUCUCUAAUAAAACUAGUGCUGAAGAGGGGAAAGAUGUCCUUCCCAAAAAGCCGGUUUUAUCAGAUGGAGUGGUACAUGGUACUGAAAAUGGAGUAAAGGAAGUGACCCAGGGACAAAUUCCCAAUGCUAUGGACAUAUUGGAACAAGAGGACAAGAAUGACAAGGAAAUUAAAGAACUCCCUAGGCCUGGCUCAGUUGAGCCUAUGGAUCUUGAUGGAUAUUCCAAUGACCCUGAAAAAAUUGAUUCUUCAUGUAAACGCAGUGAGCCAGACCGUCUUCAGUCUGGGAGGAACUCAAAGGAGAGAGCUCCAGAGAGCCGGACUCCUGAACUUUCUUUGGAAGAGCUAAGUAUCAGCUCAAAACAUCAGCAGCAGGCAGCUAAAGGAAUAGUUCAAGCAGUAUCUAUAGAAGAACCUGUCCAGAGAUCAAGCAGAAAGAGGAAAUUACUUGAGGAUGUGGAGUCUGGGAAAACACUUCUGCUUGAUGCUUAUCGAGUGUGGCAGCAAGGUCAGAAAGUCAUGGCCUAUGACCUGGGUAAAAUAGAGAAGAUCAUGUCUGAAACAUACAUGCUGAUUAAACAGGUGGAUGAAGAAGUAGCACUUGAACAGGCGGUCAAGUUUUGCCAGGUUCAUAUGGGAGCAUCAGCACAGAAACAGUCCACAGGAGAAACGCCCACAACCCCAAAGCAUACAAAGGACAACAGAGAGAGCUUCUUCCCAGUGACGCCAGCCACACUGCAUCCUACCCCAGUGAAUCCAGACACUGUGACUCCUGAAAAUCUCCUGAGGUUGAACGAUCUGCACUCCAAGUCCAAACCAGCCUCUUCCUCUUCCUCCUCCUCAUCCUCAGCAUCUUCAGUACCUCCAUCCCAGGAGUCACAGAGAGACACUGAGCAUCUCCGGAGUCAAAAUGCAGAGACUGCUCCCAGCAUGAGUGAUCUCGCACGUGAGGAAGAAGAGCUUGAAGUGCCUUUGGAGGGGCUUGGAUUUCAGCAACAGGAGUCACGGCUUUGUCAGCAGAUGAAAAUGGCUACUGUUGCACCAUCGCCAGAGCCUGUUUGCUGGCAAGUGGAGUCGGUGACCAGCACAAAUUCGGGACAUGUUUGUACCCAAGCCUCCAGUUCCAAGCCUGAACUCAGCUCCAGUUCACAGACUUUGGGAAGUCAGCAGAACAAGACAGAUGGCACCCGAGUAAAAACUCGCAUUCUGCCCAACAUGCCAAAGCUUUUCAUACCUUCAUCUGUCACCAAAUUUCCACCUGAGAUCACUGUCACUCCACCCACUCCCACCCUCCUUUCUCCAAAGGGCAGCAUUUCAGAAGAGACCAAGCAAAAAUUAAAGUCUGCUAUUUUGUCUGCUCAGUCUGCAGCGAAUGUAAAGAAGGAGAGCCUUUGUCAGCCAGCUUUGGAAAUCUUAGAGACCUCAAGCCAGGAGUCCUCACUGGAAAGUGAUACUGAUGAAGAUGAUGACUACAUGGACAUAUGAAUGAAUUCUGGCCAUCAUCAACACCAACCAUAUAACCAUUCUUCUUGUUGCCAGCAUCUCUGGCAGUCGAAACAUCUUCGUUGGCAUUACUCUCCAUUUAAUCGGCAUCAUUGUGUUCUUCACUUUCAUUACCUUUGUUAUCAUCACUACCACUUGUAUUGCCUUCAAAAUCUUUGCCAUUCUCCCCAUCAUGGUGCUUGACGGAAAGAAUGAUUGUUUAUCAGGCAGUUAAUUAAUUUGGACCACGCUAUCACCUUUGACUUCAGUAGAUGCAAGGAUGUUUUGAGCUGCGAUUCACAUCUCUCUGCUGUUCCUGCUUCUUCAAACCAGAGCCUUGGGAGUCACUCCAGUAUCUCUUUUCUAUAGCAUUUUCUUUCUUUUAGUUGUCGUUUUGCAUUUUCCCCACUAGUUGAGUUUUCCUCCCAAUAGUUCAACAACCUAAUGUCUGUCUAGCCAUGCCAUGAUUAGUCCAGCAGCUUCUUUUAAGGUGAAUGGAGUAGGAAAAAAUUGCUGAGCUGGUAGAGGUUUUAAUUGCAUCUAGAAAGUCUAUGGCUUUUUUGCAGCGCGAGAAGGGUGAGCUGAGAGCAUGUCAGCUCCUUAGCGCUGCUGGGCGCUUUGUUGGAAUUUGACUCAGUGACAACAGGCAAAGAACCAGCUUUUCCAGAGAGACAGAGAGGUUGGCCUCCUGUUUGUGCUCAUUUCACACCAAUGUAUGAGGUCCAGCAAAAAUUAUCUACCUGAAUGUUGGCUUAAAGAACUAAUCUUUCCAGAAUUGUCUUACAGUCCUUUCUCUUCUAAUGCCUUGGACAAGCAUUUUGAAUUGGGGGCUAGAUGAUAUUUUUAUGGUGGUAUUGAAAAAACUUGAAAGGUUUCAAUACCAUUUCAGCAAUGUCUGUUUUUUACAGAAUGACACGAAAAGGUGUUUUUUAUCUAUCUGCAGAGGGACUGCUCACAGUUAUUUAUAUGAGAAAAUAAUGGUAACAAAGAUCCUUUUUUUUUCUACUAAAUGUUAACUUUGUAAAAUAAUGAAUGCAAACCAUGCAAAAAAACCACAUCACACUAUAUAUACACACGUGCGCCCACAGACAUAUAUAUGUGUGUGUACAUAUAUAUAUGUAUGUAUAUGAAAAAAGAAAAUGCGUACAGCUUGCAAUGUCAGAUUUCUUUGUGUUUGGGGGAGGUCGUUUUCUGUAAAAUGCAGAGCUUUGUAUAAACUUUUGGUUUUUUCUAAUAAAGUUGAAAUGUAUUGUUGUCUCUGUUCAUCUGAGGGGGCAAGGUGCCGUGGUUCUGGAAAAAGUACUCCUCCUCCCUUCCUUUUCUUUCUUGGAUAAGAAGGUAGCAGAGGAAGGGGAUGGGGGAAGCCUCUUCCUUUUCUGCUGACUGCCAGAGCUCUUCAGAUGGGUUUGGUCUUGUGCGACCCAGAGCCCGGGUCAGCCAGCGUUGCCAAGAUUGCCCGCAGCGGGUUCGCUUCCCCAUUGAGAUGUGAUCUGAAUUGUUUUUCACCGAUCUGAAUAUCUUUGAAUGCUGAUGAGCAGCAUAAGGGGUGGACAACACAUAGUGAAUGGGAUCACCUAGAAUAUUUGGCUGUACAAAUUAGCAUUUAAUCCACUAUUACAGUGAUCGCAUUCAUUCACUCUAAGAAUAGUGAACAGACCCUGGAUGAAAAGAAGCAGCGUCAAACCCUGUAUUUGAAAGUUUAUUCUCAUAUUCUGCAUUAUUUGAACAAAAUGUAAUUUGUAAGCAAGUGAGCAUGUCUGCUGGCUGUAUUAGCAACUGUUUGUGUAAAUUGUUCACUUACUACAAGUGAUAGGUGAGCUGGAUGCACCUGAUAUGGAAAAGAUCAGGUAAUUGAAUGGUAAAAGCAAAUGGGUAUUUUCAAUAGUAAUAUGUUUUCAGUGUUUGCUCUUUAAUUUGGUGUAAGUUGUUAUAAAUACAGUGUAUAGCAUACCAUAUAGUCACUGACUGGCAGUAAGCUAAGGUAGCUUUAGAUAAUCAGGCAUGAUCUUUAUUUUUUUAGAAGAUGGCACAGGAAAAGAGAAAUCAGCUUCUUAUGAGAAAUGGAGCACGACUCAGAGGAUAUACUUCUAAAUACAGCUUUUUCACCCAAAUAGAGUAGACGCAUAAUCUUUUUGGCUAAUGUAUAUUAUUAAAGGUAUGGCUGACCUUAAGAUUGUAUUUAAAUUUUUAGGUUUGCACAUCUAGCAUGGGUUUGAUGUAUGAAGACAGAGCAUUUGAUUUUUCUUAAUUAACUUUGGUCACUGAAAAAGGUUGUUUCCCUUUAUUAUUCUUCAGGAUUCCUUGGCCUUAGGCAUUUGCCUCCUGCUCCCGCCCCCCAAAGCUUGCUAAAAUGUCUGAUCUUGAGCUUUCUUUUGACUUCUAGUCCUUCUUUUUAAGAAGGAUUUAAUUUUUUGCUGGUUAAGGAAAGCUAGAAUAGUAAGUGUAUCUGUUCCUGUCAGCAAAGAGAGCUGAACUUUUCUGAUCUGCUCUAAACUCAUUUUAAUCUUCAGACUACAUAAAUAUGCAACUUGUAUUAUCCUAUAUUAAAAGGUCUUACUUGUUUUUCCUUUUUAUUUGUCUUUUAAUCUAUGAUCUUUUAUUUACACUGUGCUGUUGGGUAGCUCAGGGACUUUUUCUCAAGCUCAAGAAGUUACUGAGAAGGAGCUACACAGGCCACCUCCUUCAACUGCUGCCCUUCUGCUAAUGAAUUGUGUGUUGCUCAGCUACGGGCCAUCUUCUGCAAUGGGUAUUACUGCUGAUUUUACACCAAAGGGGUCGUUCUUCUUCUGUGUGUGUGAAAUCGUCUCUCUGUAAGUACAGUUUAUGUAGUUCUUCAGUUCAAGGAACCAUAUUCUGGAGUGCAGAUACCAAGACCACUGGAGGCAUUUACAUAUGUUUGUCUGAAUCACCAUACCCAAAGGUACUUGGCGCAAGAAUUUCAAAUCCUUACAAGCAGAAAUAUUCAUUUAAUACAGCAUCUUCUGAAGCCUCGCAAUAUAAUUUUGUGGAAUUUUCAAGAAAAAACAUUAUGGUAAAACUGCAGUUAGCUAUUAGUUUAAUUGAAGUAAUUUCUUUGAUUUCAGUCGAAUCCUAGUUGUAAUAGUUUGAAAUCCAACUAUAGGCAAGGUCCAACUUUCCAACUCCCCCCUUUCAGAGUUGCAGAUCAAAUGUAAACACAACAUCUAUCUUCAGGAUUUACUGGGUAACUGUUUCUUCUGAAAUCUCAAGUGUUCCCUGGUACCUUUCUAAUGUGCCAGACAAAUAAAUGG